AUGUCUGACGACACAAUGGCAGACACGAUCAGCCAAGAUGUCGCUGACUACCUCGCUAAACGUCUCCGCGACGCCUUUCCACACCUCAAGACCGAGUCUCUGAACAAACUCCUCGAGACAAGCUCAUCACUCAUCAUAUCCACGAUCAAGGCCGAGCAGUCCAACAUGGCAGCAUCUAAGCUGCGCAGCAACCUGCUCAAGCCCCCAGCAGAGCUGCGAAACACAAUCUACGAGAUCGCACUCGACCUUCCUGCUCACAAGCAACUCGAGAUUACACGAUCGUACCGUCCCAACCUCUCAAUGCCUGCACUCCUGGCAGUCUCGCGCCAGGUCCGCUCCGAGACUUCGUCUCUUCUCUGGGGCAGUGCAACUAUCGCUAUCCACGUCGUAGCUCUCUUUCAGCCCCCUCUCUACGAACCGAGAUUCUUUCUCAGUGACCUGGUCAAAGAGCGCCUGUGUAGACUCGGCAGGACACAGCUCGGUCUUGUGAGGAGAGUUCGACUUAUGCUGAUCGGAGCAGGCGAGAAAGUGCAGAUCGAGAAUUCCAGGCUCAAAAUCCCGGAGACGAUAGACCUCGAAGCCUUUGGGUUCAUGGUGGGAAAGACAGAGGUGCAGAUUGAGGUGGCGAAGGAUUCGGGACAAGAGCUCGACCGGGCAGACAAGAAGUGGAGGGUCAGGCGUACGGGGUGGUCUUGGAAGCGCAGUAUGAGAAGAACACGACUGACACAGUAA